AUGUUGGCUCCAUCUCCUGCUGCCAUCGUUACCACAAACAGCCCAGCGCUGAGGGUCACAGAAGAUCUCAUUCGGCGGAACGCGGAGCACAAUGACUGCAUCAUUUUCUCCCUAGAGGAGCUCUCCUUGCAUCAGCAGGAAAUAGAAAAAUUAGAACAUAUUGACAAGUGGUGCCGGGAUUUGAAAAUCCUCUACCUGCAAAACAAUCUCAUUGGGAAAAUUGAAAAUGUUAGCAAACUCAAGAAACUUGAAUAUUUGAAUUUAGCUUUAAACAACAUUGAAAAAAUUGAAAAUUUGGAAGGAUGUGAAGGGCUGACAAAACUCGACUUGACGGUCAAUUUCAUUGGCGAGUUGAGCAGCAUUAAAAGCCUGCAGCACAACAUCCACCUGAAGGAGCUCUUUCUCAUGGGCAACCCGUGCGCUGACUUCCUCGGGUACCGGCAGUUCGUGGUGGCAACUCUUCAGCAUUUAAAGGUACAAGCGUUUCACCUGUCUCCUUCAGAGAGGGAAGAGUGCCUCCCAGCAUCAGACACAUGCAAAGAGGAGUGUGGCAGGAAGAACGCAGAUGAGAGCGAAGACGACCUGGCCUUCUGGAAUAAGCCUUCCUCGUUUACUCCUGAAUCUCGACUGGAAACUCUCAGACAUAUGGAAAAGCAACGGGAAAAACAAGAAAAAUCAAGUGAGAAGAAGAAGACAGGGAAGCCUCCCAGGACUUUGAUCACUGAAGAUGGAAGAGCCCUGAAUGUAAAUGAGCCCAAACUUGACUUCUCUUUGAAAGAUGAUGAGAAGCGUAAACAGAUCGUCCUGGACCUGGCUGUCUACAGGUAUAUGGAUACCUCUUUAAUCAGUGUUGAUGUACAGCCAACUUAUGUGCGAGUCAUGGUCAAAGGGAAGCCCUUCCAGCUUGUACUUCCUGCAGAAGUUAAACCUGAUAGCAGCUCAGCUCAAAGAUCUCAGACAACGGGACAUUUAGUCGUCUGCAUGCCCAAGGUAGGAGAAGUUUUCACAAGUGGCCGGAAGGCAUCCACAUCUGUGAAGACGACCUCAGACAUCAUCAAAGAGCAAACAAACCGAAGAAGCAAGCAAAUUGAGAAGCUCGAAGUAGACCCUAGCAAGCAUUCAUUUCCUGAUGUGGCUAACAUUGUCCAAGAGAAGAAACACCCACCCAGCAGAGCUGGAUCUGAACCAAAAAGUACACCGAGUAAGGACAACCCAGAUUUUGAAGAUAACCCUGACGUGCCUCCAUUGAUUUGA